AUGACGACCCCGCGCCGCCGCGGCGCUCUCCUCCGCCUCCUGGCCCCGGUCGUCCUGCUGCUGCUGCUGCCCGGGCCGAGCGGGCCUCCGGGCUCGGGGGGUGGCGGCCUGUCCGUGAGCCCCAGCCUUGGCGACAAGCCCAUGACCCAGCGGGCGCUGACCGUGUUGAUGGUGGUGAGCGGCGCGGUGCUGGUGUACUUCGUGGUCAGGACCGUCAGGAUGAGAAGAAGAAACCGGAAGACGAGGAGGUACGGCGUUCUGGACACUAACAUAGAGAACAUGGAGCUGACCCCUCUGGAGCAGGACGACGAGGACGAUGACAACACACUGUUCGAUGCCAAUCACCCUCGAAGAUAAGAAUGUGCCUUUCGAUGAGAAGACUUCAUCUUUCUAUACCGGAGAGCAGAGUUUCUAUGUCUAAGAAAUAAAAAGCCACUGUAUAAUGGGGGAGGGUAUUUAAGUUACUUACAUUAUGGCAACCUUUAAUUUGUUGUUGCAAUAAAUAUUGUAUCAUUUUGUUAUAUCUUUGUAUGUAGACGUGCUCUAUUAAUGAGCUCAGAGUUGUUGGGGAUAAACUGUGCUACAAUAGUUUCCCUGUUUGAAAACUGCUUCAAAACAGGGUGUUUUUGGAUCAGUUUGGUUUCUUGCUUACCACAAGACUGUAAAGUGUUUUAUGUACUAAUCAGUUCCUGUUAAUUUUUUUUUUUUUUGCCGUUGUCAUAUUUUAAAGAAGCGAAAAUCCCAACAAACAACUGGUGUGUAAAAAUAAUUAAAAUGUUUCUUUACCAAGAUGUAUUUCCCAUUUUUGUGGGGAAAAGAAACCAAAUUUAUUAUUUUGUG